AGAUCGUUUCACUUCGUGAUUGGGUACGUGUUUGAUAACGGAUCACAGAAGCCGUUAAAUGUAUCAAAGACAUAUUGCGACGUAUGUAGCAGGCGUGUAUUGAUACUGUGUCUACGCUAUUCCGUAAGCGUUUGGUAUUAAAGGUUCUGUUAAUGAAAUCUGGACAUUCAAGAUGAUUUCUGAUUAUAUUCAAGGCGUUUUAAAUGCAUCUCCUCACUCACUGACUAUCACUGUGAUAGCUUUGUUAUUAGGCUUCAUCUACUACAUCACGAGGGACAGAGGGUUACCACCAGGUCCCGCUGGAGUGCCAGUAUUGGGUAUUUAUCCAUUUUUGAAGGGCGAUAAUUUGCAUCUGCAGCUGGAUAAAUACGUAAAGAAAUAUGGAGACAUCUGCAGCUUCCGAGUGGCUGGUAAGCUGUUUAUCAGCUUGGGAAGUCUGAAGGUCAUACGCGAAGCCCAUGUUACUAAUUCGGAGUCCUUUGGCGGCAGAUACACCGAUCUCCACACGCUGAGUGCCUUAUUUGGUGAUGGUGUCCUCUUUAGCAACGGGGAAGCAUGGAGGACUCUUCGAAAAUUCUUUCUUAAUGCCUUCAAAGACAUUGGUUUGAAAACCAUGAAAGAGAAUGUGACAGGACCAGUGUACGAUACCAUCGAUUCCACCAUCAGAGAUCUGCAUAGGCUGAAGGGAAAACCUGUGGAUAUAGUUGAGAUGGUGAAUGCCCAAUUCCUGAACACAGCGCGUUGCACAUUCUUCGGGGAAGAUGGCAUCUCCAUAGAGCAGUAUCGUAAAUAUCUUGAACAUUACGCGAUUGCGGCUGAAAGUUUACUUAAAACUAACGCUCUUCUUUAUGGAACUAUACCAAAGUAUUUCAUCUUUCCCUUCAAUUCUGAUUAUCAUGCAUCCGUUGCCAGCCAGAAGCAGAUGGAAGCUAUCUUACUCCAAGUCAUAGACCAGCACGAGAAGACUUUGGAUGAAAAUCACAACCGGAACAUAAUCGAUGCUUAUUUGAAAGAACGAAAUGAGCGACGGCGGAAGGGCGAUCCCACUGCUGAGCACUUCACAAAAAAAGCUUUGGCUGGCUCACUUGCUCAGUUUGCCGGAGACGGUCACCAUGCUGUCAUGAUAUUUGUUGGAAGACUGUUUCUGACACUGGUACAGCAUCCAGAAGUGCAGGAAAAGAUAUACCAAGAACUGUUGGAUGUUGUUGGCCCUGAUAGGAAUCCAAGUUUAGAAGAUAAAAGCAAUUUACCUUAUGCGAACGCAUUCAUGAGCGAACUUUCAAGAACAGCUCAAGUAUUAACCUUCUUUCCAAGUCUUUUAUGCACAAAGGAAACAAGUUUAAGAGGUUAUAGGAUUCCCAAAGGAUCCAUAACUUUGCUCAAUUUCUGGUCAGCUCACCAUGAUCCUGAAAUCUUUGAAGAUCCGUAUAAGUUUGAUCCAUCGAGAUAUUUAGCCUCUUCAGGGAAACCUAGAGCAGAACUUCCAGUUACUUUUGGAAUAGGUAAACGUUCGUGUAUAGGAGAAUCAUACACUAUGACUCUAGUUUUUCUUUAUUUGAUAACUAUAGUAAAAAACUUUCGCUUGUCUUUCGCUAAAGGAGUAGAGUAUUCAGUGUCUGGAUACACGCUGAAGUUAGAAAUAAUCGCAACUCCAAGGUAAUCAAAAAACUACACAUUCCAAUAAAACUGCGAAUUCCAAGAUUUUACUGUAAUUUAAAACAUUGAUUUCUGUUUUGUCUGCAGAAAUUCCUGCGCAUUUAUGUACUAAUAAAAUUCUGAUUUUUCAUGAUUU